UCGACUUCUUUCAAUCUAGUCUACUGGACUUGUUUUUACAUUGGCAAGACCAAAUACCACUUGGAACGCUUCCACUCUAUGCUGAAGAAUUACCUCAAAUUUCAAUUGCCAUUUCAAUAAACCACCUUUCUCCACUGGGAACAUUUUUGUCCUAGGCCUGCUGCAGUGUUACAGUAAAGCUCAGCUUUAGCUGGAUGAACAGCACUUAAUUUUCUGUUUAGGCACUUUGCAGCCUUCAUAAUUCAAUAUUGAAUUAACAACUUCACAACAUACCCUCCAUAUUGAUUAGAAGCUCACCCUGGUCUUGCUUGUUUUACUCUAAACUGUGCUGACCUAUUUUUUUUCCAAUUGUAGCCUCUUAAGAACAUAUAGUCGCCAUCUCAAUUCCUCCUUUACCACGAUUUGCACGCCCUUUGUAUUUUGCUCUGGGUACCUUCACUGGGUAUCUGUUCAACUCACUCCUCCUCCACUUCUGCAACAGUAUAAGUGCCACCAUUUUCCAGCCCCCUUCUAUUUCCUAAGAAGACAGAAACGUUGACCCAAUUUUCAAAAAAGAAUAAAGAUCUGCAGAUGCUAGAAAUCAUAAACACAAACAGAAAUUGCUGGAAAAACUCGCCAAGUCUGGCAGCAUCUGUGCAGAGAGGAGCAGAGUUAAAUUUUGACCCUUCUUCAUUCAGAACCCAAUUUCUCUCGCAGCAGAUGCUGCUGAGCUUCUCCAGCAUUUUCUGAUUUCAUCCCAAUCAGUCUGUAUAUUUUCCCAAAUGUCCGGCAUCACGGUUGAUUUUGAAUGCUUAUAAUGUGUAUAUAUUCCAGAUGCUCAAUGCGAAAUGGAACAUGCGUAUACGUUGUUCGGGCGACCGUGGUGGUCUUUCGAACCUCCAAAAGACAAUGUAAUGCCCCUGUUCUAUCGAAGGCAAAUCGAAAGAAUGGAUUUCUUGAGACCAAUGAUGGCCAAGUCAUAUUUGUUUCUGGCGCUGGUUUCUGUAGCCCAAUAGUUGGCGUAAAUGUAGUUUGUGAUUACGAUUUGCACAAUAUCGGUGUAGGAUGUCUGAACCCUGUUCAUUCAUUAAAACCAGUGACUGUCCGUGGAGCGGGCACAAUAAUGACGCCGCUCCCAGCAUGAAAGGCAGAUUAACAUUGCUGUUUGUGUGCGAUUGCUGAGCAGGCAGAGACUGCCUGGGUGCUGUUUGCUAAUGUAGUAAUGGCACAGCACUCUGUUGCUCAGCCCUGGAGGACUUUCUGACGUCUUUUGCGCAUUUCCUGCAUCAAGGCCAACAGUGGAAGAGGGGGCGGGGGAGGGAAGGAGAGACACAGAGUCAGAGAGAGAGAGAGAGUGGGAAAUCACCGCAGCCACCAACAGCAGCCUCUGCAGUUUGGCUCUCCGAGUUGCCAACAGCAGCCAACAAACAACAAAAAAGAAACCAGGUAGUGGGCGAGGAUCCCAAUUCUCUAUGCCUCCUUCUCGCUCUCUCUCUCUGUGUGAUUCUGCCCGGACCAACAAACCAGAUCCAAUGUGUUUUUGACACACACCAAGGGAGGGAGAGAGAGAGAGAAAAAAAGUCGAUUUCCUGCUUGAAAAUCCCUCAUGCACAGUGCAGCCAGUGUGUGUGUGUGGAUCUGAUCUCGGUGAAAGGAGGAAGAGACGUGAUGCGGACCGCUAGAUGAAGAGCGGGAGAACUCGUUUAUUUUUCUUCAUAAUUGGGCUAUUGCAAACAGUUCAAGGAACAAUUCUUUGUGCUUUCUGCAGCUCCCGUGCCUGUCCACCCCACAUCCUCCCCAUUUUCCCAGCCUCCUUCCAAAAGGUUUCAUUGAGGAGUUGGGGGUGGAGGGGUGAUUUUUAAUAUAUAUAUAUAUAUAUAUUCUUGUGUUGCUGUCCAUUUUCCUGGGUCAAGUUGUGCCGCAGAGAGAAGUCCACCGACUUGGGGGUGGGGGUGUCUCGCCAGAAAGGAGGGGUGGGGGAAAGAAGACCCCACUCAGAUCCACUCAGACUUUAUGCCCACACAAAGCUGGCUUUCCUGUCUCUGGCUGGGUUAUCUAAAGUAAAACAACGGCAGACCGGCGAGAGGGAAGGGAGCGGCGGCGCUGGGUUGUGAAGCGGGCACUCGGCGGAUUGUCCUCCGUCUCUCUGUGAGUGUGUGUGUGUGUGUGUCUGUCUCCCUCCCUGCCCGCGACAGCCGGGGCGAUGGUCGUCUUCAAUGGCUUACUGAAGAUCAAGAUCACCGAGGCUGUGGAUCUGAAACCCACCCCCUGGUCCCUGCGACAUGCCGUGGGCUCCAGGCCCCAGUCUUUCCUGCUGGAUCCUUACAUCGCCCUGAACGUGGACGACUCGAGGAUCGGCCAGACUUCGACCAAGCAGAAAACCAACAGCCCCGCCUGGAACGACGAGUUCGUUACCGACGUGUGCAACGGCAGGAAAAUCGAGCUGGCCGUCUUCCACGAUGCGCCCAUCGGCUACGACGAUUUCGUGGCCAACUGCACCAUUCAGUUCGAGGAUCUGUUACAGAAUGGCAGCAGACACUUCGAAGACUGGAUAGACCUGGAACCAGAAGGAAGAGUGUAUGUUGUCAUAGAUCUAUCGGGAUCAUCAAGUGAAGGCACUGGUUUCCUUUCGAACAUGGGAAUGCUGGGAACUGAUCCGCUAUCUGGUCUCCAGAAAUCAGCACCAAAGGAGAAUGAAGAACGUGUAUUCCGAGAACGAAUGCGGCCCAGGAAGAGACAAGGAGCUGUACGGCGCAGGGUCCAUCAGGUCAAUGGGCACAAGUUUAUGGCCACCUACCUUAGACAACCAACAUAUUGUUCACAUUGCCGGGACUUUAUCUGGGGAGUAAUAGGUAAACAAGGAUACCAAUGUCAGGUCUGUACCUGUGUAGUGCAUAAGCGAUGUCACGAACUUAUCAUAACCAAGUGUGCUGGUUUGAAGAAGCAAGAAGCACAGGAUGAGGUGGGCUCCCAGCGCUUCAGUGUUAACAUGCCUCAUAAGUUUAGCAUUCAUAAUUUCAAAGUGCCCACAUUCUGUGAUCACUGUGGCUCUUUGCUCUGGGGUCUGAUGAAACAGGGGUUACAAUGCAAAGUGUGCAAGAUGAAUGUCCACAGACGUUGUGAAACCAAUGUGGCACCAAACUGCGGAGUUGAUGCUCGAGGGAUAGCUAAAGUGCUGGCAGAUCUCGGUGUUACUCCAGAUAAGAUCACCAACAGUGGACAACGGAAGAAAAAGUUGAACACAGGUCAGGAUCCACAGCAAUCGAUCCCUGGAGCGGCACCAUCAGAAGAAGACAGAUCGAAAUCAGCACCAACAUCCCCAUGUGAUCAGGAGCUGAAAGAACUUGAAAACAACAUUAGAAAGGCACUUUCAUUUGAUAAUAGAGGAGAUGAACACAAAGGAGCAGGAGCAGAUACACAAGUGCUAACACCUGGUGAAAAUGGGGAAAAUGGAGAGCUGAAACAGUUCCAGAACAAGCAUUAUAAUUUAGAAGACUUCUCCUUCAUUAAAGUAUUAGGGAAAGGCAGCUUUGGCAAGGUCAUGCUGGCUGAGCUAAAAGGUACAGAUGAAGUCUAUGCUGUAAAGGUGCUAAAGAAAGAUGUAAUUCUCCAGGAUGAUGACGUGGACUGCACAAUGACUGAGAAAAGGAUACUGGCAUUAGCAAGAAAGCACCCUUACCUGACCCAACUAUUUUGCUGCUUCCAGACAAAGGACCGCCUUUUCUUCGUCAUGGAAUACGUAAACGGAGGCGAUUUAAUGUUUCAAAUUCAACGUUCCCGAAAGUUUGAUGAAGCUCGCUCAAGGUUUUAUGCAGCGGAGGUCACUUCAGCGCUCAUGUUCCUUCACCAAAAUGGCGUCAUCUACAGAGAUCUUAAACUGGACAAUAUCUUGCUGGAUGCUGAGGGGCACUGCAAGUUGGCUGAUUUCGGCAUGUGCAAGGAAGGCAUUCUGAAUGGUAUCACAACAACGACUUUCUGUGGUACCCCUGAUUACAUUGCCCCUGAGAUCCUACAAGAAUUAGAGUAUGGCCCUUCAGUGGACUGGUGGGCUUUGGGGGUCCUGAUGUACGAGAUGAUGGCUGGUCAACCACCUUUCGAGGCGGACAAUGAAGAUGACCUUUUCGAGUCUAUUCUGCACGACGAUGUGUUGUACCCGGUCUGGCUCAGUAAGGAAGCAGUCAGCAUUCUGAAAGCGUUUAUGACAAAGAGCCCAAAUAAACGCUUGGGUUGCGUUACAUCACAAGGUGGGGAGGAGGCAAUUAAACAGCACCCAUUUUUCAAGGAAAUUGAUUGGGUGCUGCUGGAACAAAAGAAAAUAAAACCUCCAUUUAAACCAAGGAUUAAAACCAAAAGGGAUGUGAAUAACUUCGACCAAGACUUCACACGUGAGGAGCCUGUGUUGACACUGGUGGAUGAUGCUAUUGUUAAGCAGAUAAACCAAGAUGAAUUUAAAGGUUUCUCUUAUUUUGGUGAAGAGUCAAUAGCCUAAGACGUUAUCCUGGUGCUGCCACUAGAUGCCAUUACCAUGCAAUGGUCCAAGAAAUCCAGCAAGUCAUUAGGAUCGAGUUUCUUUUAGUAUGGUGUAGUACCUGCGUUUCCCUGCAGUAAUAAGUGUGUACGUUUCUACCUUGUUUCCAUUUUCCUGGUUUAAAUUAAUGCACUCCAGAGUUUUUGUUUUGUUAUUUCUAUUUAAAAUAAAAGUUAUUUGCUCGCAUUUUAAGCCCUUUGCUACAUCUGGGCUUUUCACACGAGACUUGUGUGUGUAAUAAAAACAGUAUUAAGUAUACUGUUCUACAUGUAGUGCUGCAGGUUCAUUCGUAUUUAGCAGGAACUCCGGUACAGGGAAGUGGAACAACCGUGCAACAAAGGCUCGUGAAACAGAACUACAUACCAGAGGUUGAGAUAGAAAUGGAAGCCGAGGAAAGUUGACCAGUUGGCCAGCAUGUCUCGUCAAUCUGUUGAUUCUUCCAUGGAAGUUGCUCAGGUCAACAGAAAGGGUUACCAAGUGGUUUAUUUAGUUACUUUAUCGUUUUGUGGAGAUGUUACACUGUUUUAAGUUGUCACUUUUUUGUGCAAUUUCUGGUGAAUUAGGUCGUUUGAAAUUACAUCACACAUCUGAGUGUUACUCAGCCUAGAAAAGUUCUCAACCUAGUAGAUUACGAGUCAGUGAUGAUUAAUGCGCUCACCUAGUUGACUACUUAAUUCUUUGGGGGAUAAUCCUACAACUUGCAGUGUAAUAUUUUACUGUAACCUAGAUCUUGAACAAUCACAUUGCACUGAAUUGCAGGCUUACAUCACAUUCAAUGCUCAUCACCAAAACCAGAGUUGUUUGAAUUAUUUGUUUUAGUCGUGUGUUAUUUUGGCACAUUUCCGAAAUCCUUAUUUAUACUACUGUCCCGUAUCUGUACUUCAUUUUCAAGUGUGAAUCUUAUUUUAAAAAAAAAAGGAAUAGAGACUAUGAAAUAUUGAGCAUUAUACCUAGACAUAAUAGAGGACUGAUGAUCAAAUCACACAAAAACUGACAAGAUAUAUGAUGGUGUACAUUGUUUAACUUUUUAUGAGUUAUCCUAUAAUGAAUUGUGGCUGUGGUUGAGGAACUGAUCAUGUACACACAAUUUAACAGUUUGAGCAGGUCAGGUCUGGUUGUAUUCUAUUUUAAUGUUUUGUCUGUGUGAGUGAGUGUGUGCACAUAUGUGUGUGGGUGUGUGUAUGCAUGCAUGUGGGUGUGGGUGUGCGUGUGUCCUAAAGUCACUUAGAAUUUUACUGGACUGGUUUCCCAGUCUCUGGGAUCCACAAUAUCUGAUGCAUCUGGAUUGCCAGAUACACAGAAAUACUUGUGAGUAGCAAAGAAGCGCUAAAAAGGGCUCUUUGCUUUUUGUACAGGCAAGAAGUUGUAAAUACUGUUUGCUGCAAGGCCUGUGGAGUUCAUUGAACAAUAUCAACUGCUGCAUGUUCAGGCAUAUUAUAUAUAUUAUAAAUAUAUAUAAAUAUAUAUAUAUAUUAGUAAUUGAGAAAAGUAAUUAAUGAUAAUGUCCAUGUGCAAUACCCUGUAUGUGUAUUUGUUAAAGUUGUUGUCUAACAAGUCAAAUUUUUUUGUCCAAUGUCAUAACCUUGUAUUAAGCUAUACUGGACCUCUUCUACAGUCCUUCAAACUGUACUAAGGGUGUUAUUAAAAAAUUAGGAUGGAAAUUAAUGCAGACAUUUCCAAUGUUAUUACAAUUGCUCUCUUAAAGCAAGUUUUUUUAGGAUGAGUCGAAGGGCAUUUUUGAUUAUUUAUGUGAUGCAGAACACAUAAAAGUUAGAAUAUUUUUUUCUUCAACAGUACAUUCCUCAAGCUUCUACAGAUUCUUUCUUCAAUCUGCUGUGUUAAGCAUGAUGGUAUUGCUGAUCAGACCUCAAAUUAAACACACUCGUGUUUGGUUUAUACAGUAUAUGACAACAGAUAGUCAGGUUGGCUCAGUGUGAAAUCUUUGCAUGGACAGGUGUGCCUCCAUUAUCACGUUUUGCCUGUCUUACCAUUUACUAUUGGUUUACAUUCACAGAAAAACGUGUUACCUUUUUUGCUUGAUUGUAAUGUUUUGUUUCUCUCUCUUAAACGUGAAUGCACUGUGGCAGAGCUUCCCCUGUCUGUAGCUGGAUCUUCCCCUUUCCUGUGUCUGCCUGCUUGGAACACAUGAAUGCAAAAAAAGGUGACAGUAUUCCUGGCCCCUUGCUUUUCUUUCCUGUAUCUUUUUUUAUGUAGAAGAAAAGUAUCGCAUGUCUGCUUUAUGGAGAGUGAUAAAAGGUUUGCUCCAAAAACAAAGCUAAAAAAAUUACCUCUUUUUAACUUAAACAAUGUACAAUACAUUGGCUGGCUGAAUCAAAAUGUUUUAAGUUUAGUUUCUUUUUUUUGUGAUGCUUUGUUUGUACAAAAGGUAUUUUCUUCAUGGAUGUAUUUUACAUUUCCUGCCAUCAUUAGUGUUAUUUCAUUAUUACUGUGUGCCAAAUGUACUGUAUUCAACAGGACGUGAAUGUGUACUGUUUGUUUUAAAACCCAACAAUUAAAAAACUACAGUGUUGAGACAA